GACCGCGGGCUAGACAAAUAUAAACCUCUGCGCACGAAUGCAGUUGACGAAGUACCUUCAAGUCGAACGGUGCGUUUCCAGAGCGUGUGUCGUGCCCCUAAUCCGAUCGGUGUGACCAUGAAGCAAACGAUCCUGGCGAGUUUAUUGCUGGCUACGCUAGCGGUGAAUGUGGGACCACUCCACGCACAGACUCCGGUUACGGUGGACGUUUAUUAUGCCCAUCUCUGCCCGGAUAGUGUGCGUUUUGUGUCGGAUCAGCUGAUGACAUUGAACCAGAAUCUGCUCAACAGCGUCACGAUCGAUUUUGUCCCAUUCGGCAAGGCCCAUAGCGUCAACAAUGGCCAGAGUUUCGUCUGCCAACAUGGUCCCGCCGAAUGCGAAGGUAACCGGAUUCAAUCGUGCAUUCUCAGCAUGCUUCCCACGCAGCAAACUCGGAUCAACUACGUCGGGUGCCAAAUGAGCUUUACCGCCGAUCCGCGUGGAUGGGAAUGUGCCUUCCGAUCAGGCGUGAAUCUUAACGCCGCCGAGUCCUGCGUUGAAGGUCCUCUCGGUACCCAACUGCAACUGGAAGCUGAACGACGAACGAAUCUGAUUAAUCCUGCGUUUGUUCCGACCAUCGUUUUCAAUGGACAAUUUGACCAGGGUCUGCAGGACCGUGCCCAGUCCGAUUUCGCCGGAAUCUUGUGCGAACUGACCGGUCUCACCGGGGUGGGUUGCUAGAGGGAACCGGAAGAGACGCAGCCGGCCAUCCGCCCGCCCUGUGCAAAGUUCGUGUAGACGAGUAGAAAUGACUAAGAUUCUACGAUCGCGACGCAGUUUAAGCUAUAGACAACCCUCCGAGAGCAGUCAAUAAAUUUUGCAAGCGCGCUUUAAAAA